AUGCUGAAGUGGUGCUGGUUACUAGGUGUUCUCGGCCUUCGAGUCUCGGCCAAGUGCACGUGGCCCGAGACCGACGUUCUGUUCGUAAUUGAUUCCACGAUCAACAUUGACAGUAGCGCCAACCACAGGCUUCUGUUGGAGUUGAUAAAGCUCGAGUUGAGUCACAUGAAGUUGGGGAGAGAUGGGGUUCAGGUGUCUGUGGCACAGUUCACCCCCACUGCCAAGUACGAGUUUGGGUUGAGUGCAGAAGGAUUCGAAGCCAUGGAACGACGUAUCAACGUGAGUUUAUUUUUGAAUGUAUUGUUUUUAAAGCCAAAAUUAACGUUUUGCGUUAUAAAAUGAUAUUUUUCUGUCAUAUAAACUACUAAAAAUAUCAAAUGUUACAUGAAGAACACAAUAUUUAUUUUAUCUUUAUCUUCUUACCUAAAAUAUACUAAAUUCUGUAAGUUUUAAAGAUUUUGUUACUUUUUUAGACCAUCCAAUACCUCCCGUGCCAAGCCCAAGGAGAACAGUGCACUCGGAAUGCUGCUAGUCUAAACACACUUCUGAACGGAGGUCUAAUCUCAGAUGCCGCCAAUCGACUAACAUCUCCAGAUGUCAUGAUAGUCAUCUCGACCUCGUUGUACCAACCUCGUGAGGUCAAUGUGUAUGAAUUACUGAUAAAGCCAUCGUCUCCAACUCAUGUCUUUCUAAUCACAAUUGGAAGCGCUGCUCCUUCCACGAGGUAUCUGAAUUCACUUCAGUUUGCUGCUACUACAACACACUUGGCAGCAUUAGACUUUGAGUCGUUGGCGCAGCUGGAGUACCCGCUUUGUGAGAGUGUCAACAGUUUUAUCAGUAAGUGAUACUGUAUUUGUUUUACCUGGGCGUGAUAUUAACUUGGACAUAGCUGUCUAUCGCUUUAUAAACUUCAUAGUACUAAAUGUCUGUGAUUUUGCAACAUUCCUAUUACACUUUGUCGUAUUCUGAAAGCGUUGUACAUAAUGCAGACCCACCCAUUUAUCUCUCGCUGAGUCUCCAUUGACAACGUUCUGCGACAACACUUUUCGCAAAGUCAUCACAGAAACCCUGAGAGUACUAAAAGGAACAUCGCUCUCGCUUUGUUUGCUAUACAAAUACUAUUAGACUGUAAAUCUACUAUAACAUAAGGUACUUAUUAUAUUUUUAUGUUAUAGUACUUGAUAUUAUAUUAUUGUUAGCGCUAAUAUUGUGGUAUUCAUAAGUAAAAAAGUAAUUACUGUAUACUAUUCUACAGCAACCAAAUGUAAUGAGCCAGCCAAAUGAAUUGAGCUGGUGGCAUUACCUACAGUGGAAUGUGUCUAGUUGCUCAAAGACAAACGACCUCAAUACAGUAUACUGGGCCUUUGCAUGUACGGUUUCUCGGAAACAUUCUUGAGUUUUUAUUCACUUUAUUUGUCUAAAUCUGUAUCUUGAAUAGAGUAAAUAACUUAAGCUACUAAAUAUACAGUAAUCGUUUGUAGGUAAUCAGAACACAACACCUCGUGCCGGACUUUUCAAGCCAACCUUAUGUAUUGUUGCCAUCGUACUGACUGCCGUUAUUGGGCUCGUGUUAAGUCUAUGUCUAUGUUAUGCUGUUUAUCACUACAAAAGUGACGGUAAGUAUAUUACAUCACACAAAAUAUGUAAUAUCUCGUACGACCUUAAUAUCCUACUUUUUAUCUUAUAUAUUAUCAUUCUCUUACUACUAAAAGCGUGCUAAUAGUAUUGUUUUAGUUCGUCGUCUCCAAUCGCAACUUCAGCUAGAACGUGAGAACAGUCGGAAGCGAGAAGAGAGUCUGAUGGAUCGGAUACGACAACGCUCCGCCAAUGAAAAGGAGCGUGAGAAGACGAUGAUGGAGUUGAUCAACGAGAGCAAUCGGCUACGAGAUCACUACAGAGAUGAGACGACACGAAGGGAACAGUCGAUGCCGUUGCCAGUCACGUUGGUCGCUCCGGGUACGAUAAAACGCCGUUCUAAUCUUAGACUAAGUAGACGAAGGAAGGACAUACCGUAACCUUUGAAACAGCAUUUUUUAUCUAAUUUUAAAAUAACUUUUCAAGUGUUACGGUAUGUUUUACCCUCAUAUUGUCUUUUGGUACUAAAAUAAAUAGUUUUAAACUGGAAUUUGCAAUUAUUUUCAAUCAAAAGCGCUUGAUUUAGUUAGAGUACCCUAUCAAACAUCCCUAAAAAUAACAUUUAAAUUAUAACUUUAACAACCAAGUUUACAGAAGACGAAGUGACAGUAGACGACUACACCCUAACCACACUUGCCAGAUCACAGUCGUUUCCUCCCCCUGAACAUCCAAUCAAAUCCCUUCCUCCAGUCGAUGUUCUCCUUCUGAUCGACUCUUCCAGUAGCAUUGGCCUCAACAGUUUUAACCAAGUCAAACAAAUGUUGCGUGCCUUUGUCGCUGAUAUUGACAUUGCUCCCAGUCGCUCUCGAGUAGCCACAGUCUUGUUCGCAGCUGAACCGAAAGUUUACUUUGGAUUCGAUCGGUAUUACAGCGUCAGGUCUGUGAGAAGUAAGUUACUUUAACAGUUCUUUUCAUAGUAUCUUGCUAUUUCAUACACUGCAAUCUACAUAUUACCUAUUUUUAAAUCAUAAUAAGCGAUGGGAUAGAUGUCUACUACAAGGUCCAUUUUAGCAGCAAUAAGAAGAAUGCCAUACCUUGGUGGAGCCACAUUUCUAGCCAAAGCCUUAUCCUUUGCCGCCGGAAUACUUUAUCAAGAACAGAAUAUGAAAAAGGUGCGACAUCGACACAGACUGAUGCCAACACCCCACCACGAUCGACCUCAGGUAAUGGUGGUAGUGUCAGAUGGCAUUUCCGAUGAUACUUUCGACCAAGAGGUCACACAUCUACACGAGAGGUUGAUGAUAAGGAUAGCUGCUGUGGUUACAAAAAGCUUUAACCGAGAAAGAAUGACAGCUGUCACAAAGUAUUCUGGGUCAGUGUUCACGUUAGAUCAGAAGGAAGCUCUGAGUAUUUGGCUAUGGCGAACACAACGCAUGUGGAACGAGAACUUUGGAAGUUACGUUAGAAGGGAGAAGUCGUUUAAUCACGAGAAAACACCUCGAGCUAACAACAGAUAA